AUGACUUACGCAACCGCCGCGCCCGCCACUGCUGGCGGAAAUGCGAAUUCUCCGCCAGUCUGCCAGAACUGCACCACGAGCACCACGCCGCUCUGGCGACGCGAUGAGUCCGGCUCCGUGCUGUGCAACGCCUGCGGCCUCUUCUUGAAGCUGCACGGUCGUCCGCGCCCCAUCUCCCUCAAGACCGAUGUCAUCAAGAGUCGCAACCGGGUCAAGACGGGCGGGCCUGGUGCUCGCAAGAAGCCUGGCGAGAUGAACGGUCUUCCCGCCGCUCACCCUGAUGCCGACGCCUUCCACGGUCUUGCACAACAUCGUCGUGCAUCUGGCAAGAUCUCCUCCGGUCUUUCCGAUCGGUCACAGUCGCCAAUUUCACGCACUGGCACUCCCGGCUUCCCUCACCCAUCCAACAUCGCCCCCCAGCACAUGUUCGACGGUGCCCUGCAUGCCGAUUUCCACUCCCCUUCUCUGCCAAACUUUGGCUUCCGGCAACCCUCACCCGGCGCAAUGUCCUUGUCUAACGGCUCCCACAUGGAAGCUCCGCCGCCAUACGACACCCUAGCCGCACAAAAUACUGCCCUGAAGACCCGCGUAUCCGAGCUAGAACUGGUUAACGACCUGUUCCGAGGGCGUGUCACUGAGUUGGAGACAAGCGAGCAAGCCGCACGAGGACGGGAAUCGCAAAUUAGGGCUGAGCUGGAAGAGGCCAAGCAGCGGGAAGCAGGUCUAAAGAGGCGGUUGGAGGAGCUAGAAGCUGAAGGCGCCGAAGGCCCACGGCACAAGAAAAUGCGAAUGAGCGAUCUUGUUGAUGAGAGCCGUGCAGGCUCUCCGAUCAGCUCUUUGACGGAGUGA